AUGAUGUCCUGGACCUUGUUGCCAAUUGCCCUGGUUCUGCUCCACUCCAGCACCCUCUGCUCCCUGGGCUGUGACCUGACUCAGGACCUGAAGAAAGACUUCUCCCUUCUGAACCAAAUGAGCACAUUUUCCCUGUUGCCAUGUCUGAAGGACAGAACCAACUUCAACUUCUCAAAGGAAGCUAUGGAGAGCAGCCAGUUCCAGAGGGAAAAUGCCACAGCCAUUGUUUAUGAAAUGCUCCAGCAGACCUUCACCAUCUUCAGCUUGAAUACCACUCCAGCUACUUGGAAUCAGACCCAGCUCAGGCAACUUCUCAUUGGACUGGAUCAUCAGCUGGACCAGCUGGAGCAGUGUCUUGGGCAGGAGGUAGAGUGGGAAGAGCCUUCCUUGGGAAGUGAGAACCCCAGACUGGCCCUGAAGAGCUACUUCCAAGGGAUAAGAGCAUAUCUGCACGGUAAAAAGUACAGCCACUGUGCCUGGGAGGUCACCCGAGUAGAAGUCAGGAGGAUCUUUCUUUUCAUGAGCAAAUUCACAAGAGAAUUUCAGGACUGA